UUUUUUUUUCUUCCCUAAAAAAAUAACAUAUUGGAGAAUUGGGAGAAGUCUCCUUGGUUUGGACAAAAAAAAAAAAAAAGGAAUCUUCAGCUAGAUCACUUUCUUAUCCGGACUGGGAUAUUAAAUAUACGACACAUCCAGGAGUUUAUUGGAGCGCAGACUGAUGGCGCAAAGGUACGAUGAGCUGCCCCAUUACGGCGGGAUGGACGGAGUAGGAGUGCCUGCUUCCAUGUACGGAGACCCGCACGCGCCGCGGCCGAUCCCCCCGGUUCACCACCUGAACCACGGGCCGCCGCUCCACGCCACGCAGCACUACGGCGCGCACGCCCCGCACCCCAAUGUCAUGCCGGCCAGCAUGGGAUCCGCUGUCAACGACGCCUUGAAGCGGGACAAGGACGCGAUCUAUGGGCACCCGUUGUUUCCUCUGUUAGCUCUGGUCUUUGAGAAGUGCGAGCUGGCGACCUGCACUCCCCGGGAACCCGGCGUGGCCGGCGGAGACGUCUGCUCCUCCGACUCCUUCAACGAGGACAUCGCGGUCUUCGCCAAGCAGGUUCGCGCCGAAAAGCCACUUUUUUCCUCAAAUCCAGAGCUGGACAAUCUGAUGAUCCAGGCAAUACAAGUACUAAGGUUUCAUCUUUUGGAGUUAGAAAAGGUCCACGAACUGUGCGAUAACUUCUGCCACCGGUACAUUAGCUGUUUGAAGGGGAAAAUGCCCAUUGACCUGGUCAUUGAUGAAAGAGACGGCAGCUCCAAGUCAGAUCACGAAGAACUUUCAGGCUCCUCCACAAAUCUCGCUGACCAUAAUCCUGCAUCUUGGCGAGAUCACGAUGAUGCAACCUCCACCCACUCAGCAGGCACCCCAGGGCCCUCCAGCGGGGGUCAUGCUUCCCAGAGUGGAGACAACAGCAGUGAGCAAGGGGAUGGUCUGGACAACAGCGUGGCUUCACCUGGCACAGGUGACGAUGAUGACCCAGACAAGGACAAAAAGCGCCAGAAGAAAAGAGGCAUUUUCCCCAAAGUAGCAACCAAUAUCAUGAGAGCGUGGCUCUUCCAGCAUCUCACACAUCCGUACCCUUCCGAAGAGCAGAAGAAACAGUUAGCGCAAGACACAGGACUUACAAUUCUCCAAGUAAACAACUGGUUUAUUAACGCCAGAAGAAGAAUAGUACAGCCAAUGAUUGACCAGUCAAAUCGAGCAGGUUUUCUUCUUGAUCCUUCAGUGAGCCAAGGAGCAGCAUAUAGUCCAGAAGGUCAGCCCAUGGGGAGCUUUGUGUUGGAUGGUCAGCAACACAUGGGAAUCCGGCCCGCAGGUUUGCAGAGCAUGCCAGGGGACUACGUGUCUCAGGGUGGUCCUAUGGGAAUGAGUAUGGCACAGCCAAGUUACACUCCUCCCCAAAUGACCCCACACCCUACUCAAUUAAGACAUGGACCCCCAAUGCAUUCAUAUUUGCCAAGCCAUCCCCACCACCCUGCCAUGAUGAUGCACGGAGGACCCCCUACCCACCCUGGAAUGACUAUGUCAGCACAGAGUCCCACAAUGUUAAAUUCUGUAGAUCCCAGUGUUGGCGGACAGGUCAUGGACAUUCAUGCCCAAUAGUAGAAGGGAACUCAAGGGAGAAGGAAACACACGCAAAAACUAUUUUAAGACUUUCUGAACUUUGACCAGAUGUUGACACUUAAUAUGAAAUUCCAGACAGCUGUGAUUAUUUUUUACUUUUGUCAUUUUUCAUCAAGCAACAGAGGACCAACGAGACAAGAACACAAAUGUGAAAUCAUGGGCUCACUGAGACCAUUCUGUCCAUGUAAAGAUCCUCUGGAAAAAAAGACUCCGAGAGUUAUAACUACUGUAGUAUAAACAUAGGAACUAAGUUAAACUUGUACAUUUCUGUUGAUCACUCCGUUAUGUUGCCUCAAAUAGUUUUAGAAGAGAAAAUAAAUAUAUCCUUGUUUUCCACACUAUGUGUGUUGUUCCCAAAAGAAUGACUGUUUUUGGUUCAUCGGUGAAUUCACUAUCCAAGAGAGACUGUGGUAUAUUUUAAACCUGUUGGGCCAAUGAGCAAAGAACCACGCUGAGACCACGGUGAACGUGUGGCUGAACCUCAUCCCUCGGACUCCAGCUUCAAGAAUGUGUUUUCAUGCCCGGCCUUUGUUUCUCCAGAAAUGUGUCCUUUAGUUUCAAACAGAUCUUUAUAGUUUGUGCUUCAUAAGCCAAUUCUUCUUCUUAUUUUGGGGGACUCUUCUUCAAAGAGCUUGCCCAUGAAGAUUUCAAGACAAAGCAGGAGCUUCUUCCGGGAGUUCGAAGCCUUGGCUGUGGACAAAACAAUCUUAAGUUGGGCAGCUUUCCUCAACAGAAAAAAGUUAAUGGUCAUAGCACCACAACUAGGACUUGAUCGGAAACUCAAAGCUUGGGGGAUAAAAGAAAAAAAGAGCAAGAGAAUACUGUAACAAACUUCGUACAGAGUUCGGUCUAUUAAUUGUUUCAUGUUAGAUAUUCUAUGUGUUUACCUCAAUUGAAAAAAAAAGAAUGUUUUUGCUAGUAUCAGAUCUGCUGUGGAAUUGGUAUUGUAUGUCCAUGAAUUCUUCUUUUCUCAGCACGUGUUCCUCACUAGAAGAAAAUGCUGUUACCUUUAAGCUUUGUCAAAUUUACAUUAAAAUACUUGUAUGAGGACUGUGACGUUAUGUUAAAAAAAAAAAAGGUGUUAAGUCACAAAAUGCGGUAAUAAAUAUUUCAUUUUUGA